GGAGAGGACUCUGAUAGUUGCCUCCUCAAAGUCAGGAACAGGAGGGGUGGGCCUCUGAGCCACCCAGUGCUCCUCCUCCACCCUUCAGUGAGACAGGGAUCCCAGUCCCCUUGGUAGCUUCUUCCCUGCCCAGCCCGGGUACUCAGACACUCACAAGGCAUCAGGACCCCAGCCUCCGGACCCCCCCUUUUAGAUCCUUUUCCUUGGGAGUGUAAUUGGACAGGAUCAUUAAACAGUGUUGGGGGGGCAUGAAGGACUGUGAAUGAACCGUGGCCGCCGCUUCUGGUCUCUUCCCUCCCCACUUUCCUGUCUCCCCUGUCACCCAUUCCCUUUACUCAGCUUUCCGGCACAGGGGGAGGGGUUGGGCCCGCCGCCGUUGCCCUUUUAAGAGAGGCCCCGCCCAUGCGGAGGGGGUGGGCCAGGGGCGGAGUCGGGGCGUCUGGGUAGGAACAAAGCGCGGCCUGCGGGCGGCGGCUGGGCUCGGCCGGUGGGGCCCCGGGGUGCGGGCCCCGAGGGCGGCAGCCCGGGCGGAACGUUGGAGGGUAGGAGUCGGCCUCGUCGUCCGCGCCGGCCCAGCCAUGAAUGGGUUGCCUUCGGCCGAGGCGCCGGGCGGCACGGGCUGCGCCCUGGCCGGACUCCCGCCGCUGCCGCGCGGCCUCAGCGGUCUCCUUAACGCGAGCGGCGGCUCGUGGCGGGAGCUGGAGCGCGUCUACAGCCAGCGCAGCCGCAUCCACGACGAGCUGAGCCGAGCGGCCCGUGUCCCUGAAGGGCCCCGCGGCGCCACGAGCGCUGCCAACGCCGGACCUGCCGCCGGUGCCCCCGGCCCGCGGCGCCCUGUCAACCUCGACUCGGCUUUAGCGGCGCUGCGCAAAGAGAUGGUGGGGUUGCGGCAGUUGGACAUGUCCCUGCUGUGCCAGCUGUGGGGCCUGUACGAGUCUAUCCAGGACUACAAGCACCUGUGCCAAGACUUGAGCCUGUGCCAGGACCUGUCAUCGUCCCUGCAUUCGGACAGCUCCUACCCGCCUGAUGCUGGCCUAUCUGAUGACGACGAACCGCCUGAUGCCAGCCUGCCCCCAGACCCACCUCCCCUCACUGUGCCCCAGACGCACAAUGCCCGUGACCAGUGGCUGCAAGAUGCCUUCCAUAUCAACCUCUGAAGAGCUGGGGGGCGGGGGGCAUGUACCCAUGCAAAAGGCUCAGAAACUUACCCUCCACAAGUACUCAGACUAUAGUGCCUGCUUUCCCCCAUACCACCUCACUCCACAGGAGGGCAAGGCCUGGGUCCCCUGGAGGUGCUGGCACUGGGGCAGGCGCCUGGGCUACAGCCUCUGCCCUUGGCACAUGUAUGCACCUCAGCUUAGCCAGCCUUCGUCUGUCAGCGGGCCCAAAGCACGUCGCUCUCCCUCGGUAUCUCUGGGAUUGGGAUGCGUGUCUGGCCCCCAUCUCCUUUUCACCUGCUGCUGCUGUUGGCAGCUGCUGGCUCAGGGGCAUGCCACCUCUGGUCCCUGGUUCCACUGCCCUCGACAAGGGCUCCAGGACCCAAUCUUGCACCCGCCCACAGCCUGGAGGGCCAAGACUCUGUGCAGGAUAUUUAAGUUUAGGGGCCAGCCCCCUGGGCGCAUAGAUAAAUAAAUACUCUCAGCGUU